UUGAAAAGCCACAACAAAAAAGUAAUAGUUGACGAUUAAAGUGGGUUUUGGAAAAUGUGAGAAUAUUACAAACUAGAAAUGUCUCAUAACUUUCUGUUGGUAAAUACGUAAUGGGGAACUUAAAAUAAAUUCAUUUUACAAUGGAACGACUUCCGUUAAUAGGGAAUGAAAAUGAGUGGAAGCAGCUGCUGUCACUUCCAGUGUCACUUUUACUGGUAUCAGUACUUGGAUCGUUAGGAAUGGCAGCUGGCUCAUUGAUACUUCUGGGACCUGAAGAUAGGAUUUCUGUUGCUCGUGGAUCAUGGCUUGCACUGCUUGGUCUUGUGUUCUUUGUGUCUCUCUAUGAUCUUCUGAAUUAUGUUGCUCUAAGGACACGAGCUGGAAACAUUUUUCGGAAGAAGUAUGAAUUAACACUUUUUGAAGUCCUCGACAUUUCCAACAAGACUGUUUCUGCAGUGCAGGCUGUGUUGUCCUGCCUUACAGGCUCUGUGGUGUGCAUAUGGUCAUGCACACGUAAUUUUCUUCGCUCAUCUCACUUUAUGUCAGAAGCAUAUGCAUGGUUUGGUGCUGCAUAUUUCUUCUAUGACAUAUGGUCCAUGUACCAGGUACAUACAAGCAGUUUCAGUUCUUCCCACAGUAUCCAAACUCGAAGAAUGUCGAAGGUGAAGGACUACAUAGUUAAGCAGCCAAUGAUUCUUCUUCACCAUAUAUUUAUUGGUUCAUUUGGAUUUCUAGUUAUUGUGUAUCUACGUGGUGGUUUGGGUGAUUGUGUCUUUGGGUUUGUAUACCUUAUGGAACUCAGCACACCAUUUGUUUCAUUCCGUGGUAUACUAAGUAGGCUAAAGAUGAAGGCUUCUACCCUAUACUUUGUGAAUGGAUUAGUGAUGCUAGUCACAUUCUUUUUUUGCCGUGUGAUGAUGUUUCCUUACGUGUGUUACCUGUACAGUCAGGUAGUGGGGCUUCCUUUCUUUGAGGCUGUGUGGUUGUUACCUUCAUCAUGCAAGAUUGGUAUUGGAGUUCUGAUGCUACCUCAAAUCUAUUGGUUUUUGCUGAUGCUAAAUGGUGCUUUCAAAGUAUUUGCACACUUCAGCUCAAAGCAGGAGCACUUCUGACUUCAGGGUCUGAAUGUGUAGGCUGGAAAAGACACUUGAGCCUUUUAUUUGGAAGGCAUUUUACAAGCACAAUGUCACAUCAGAUGUGCACUUUCGUGUUAUUCCUGUUUGGCAGCAUGCCUACCUUAACAGUUUUAUUUAGUUGUAAAAAACUCAUUUAUUUAUUAUGCAAUCUGAUGAACAUUUUCAGUGUUCUGUAAGGUAAAUUAUUUUGUUUAUAUUGUACACUGAAUAACAUGAUUAAAAACUUAUACAAGCAGUUACAAGUUUAGGCAAAAAAAUUAUACUUCAAAAGCAAUCAAGAUGUUGCACAAGAAACUGCUUUUAUUUUUAGUGUUGAUAUUACAUAAAAGUAAUAGAUGUAAGAUGAAAUAAAUUUGUAAAUAAUUUGUAAACAAUGUUAGGAUCAGGAUCUGGUAGUAUUGUUAUAUUUAAAGAAAGGUUUCUGACUUGCUUAGAUUUGCAGCUUUAUUACUUCUUACACUUUGUUAUGUGAUGUAUGGAAUUGCAUUUUUAGGGAAUAGAAUUUUAUAAAUCUUGUAAAAUGUUCAUAAACAUUGUGUGACAAAGGUAAAUCAGUAUAAAUUGCUUAUGUUAAACCACUUAGAUUUUCUUGUUGUGGAAAGUCCCCUUUGAUUCAAGCGCUGCUCUUACAUUGAUACAAAAUAAUGGCUACAGCAUAUUGUAAUUUAAAACAAACUUCACACCAUUUUCAAUUUUUUUUUAAAACUUGUGUUUAUUUUCUUAUACAUUUGAACUGUAAAAAUGCUAAAGAAAUUUUUGGUGCAGGUGAGAUGUUUUGCAAGUUUAUUUAAAAACCUGUGUGAUAUUGUUUAUAUCAGUUGGUUAAUGUUGAACGUAGAAAAUAAGACUGAAAAACAGCUCAAGAAAGGGAAUUAUUCCUUCAAUAUUCUAUUUUAAACUUUCCCCUUGUUUGUCUACUACAAAAUUUAUUUAAAAAAAGUCACACAUAAGUUCAGUACUAAGGUAUCAUAGAAAUAAGAAAACUUUGUUACUUUAAAACUAUAAAAAUUAUAAAUUUUAAAUUUUUCUUGAGUUCAUGUAUGGUGGGACCUUGUUUUUCUGAGAUGCAGUGAUUUGAUUUGCAGUUGAUGUAUUUGUCACCCUCACAGAUUUUGCUGAUGCAUAGUAGUGUUGAGGAAAAGUGAACUUAAGACUGUUUUGAAGUGAGAUGCUACCAGACAUAAUGGAAGACAGGUAUACAGGAUAAGUCAGAAUUUUACAGAAAAACUUUAUCCUUGGGCUUAUCGUGAAAAAAUCAUUUGAAAACAACUUAGUCUAAAAAGCUUCCCAAGGCUGGUAUAUGUCUUUGAAGUUGAAGCUGAACAACAUUAUAGCUCAAAUUACCACAAGCAUUUAAGAUAGAACACUAAAUAUCUGGAUACGUUAAAUUGAACAAAUUUCUACUACCAUUGCAAAACGUAUCGCUGUCAUAAAAUUAUUUCUUUAAAAUAAUUGGGUUUGAGACAAUUGUUUUCCAUAAAUUUUUCUGACGUGUUGAAGUUGUAAGAGCUCUUAUUUUAAAACUUCAGAUCAUCACUCCAUGCCAUUGUUUUAUUGGCUUCCCUUCUAAUGCUUCUGUUUAGGCUCUGAAGCAUCUGGCAUAUCCUGGUUAGAUGGGAUUUUUUUUCCAGGUUCAAUGUUAUGAGCUUCUGCUCCUUCUAUUAUAAAAGUGUACCUUCUGGUCUUUUGCUGAAUGUAAUUGCAAUGGAUACUUUAGUGACACUCUGAAUGUUCACAGAACCUACUCCACCAGGUACCUUUUCAGAACUGCAUUAACAUCAAGAGGUUUGAUGUUACAACUCUUUAAACACAAGGCUAGGGUUCUUUUUUUUCUCUUGAAGAAGUAUCCACUUCUAUAAGCUUAUUGAGCUAUUUUAGAAAGUCAUAUUCUUUCUGUGUAUUAAUUAUUUUCCACAAUGAAUUUCAUGUCCAUCUUGCAAGAUUACCUUCCUAGCUAUGGAUGCAAAUUGCCAUACCAUAUGUAGUGGUUGCAAAGUGUAUAGUGUGUGUGUGUUUGGUGACUGACAAAACAAAUAGAAUGGUGUUUGGAAUGGAAAAAUGAUAUUCCUGAUAUGAAAUUAGAUGCUUACGUAUCAGUAACUUUUUUAUUUCUUGUGUUUUCAGCCGUGGGAGUAUGAGGUCUAAACAUAAGCCCUUUAGACAAUCCUUUUUCAAAAAUGUGAACCUUUUAGAGAAUGUGCCUCAGAGCUUAAAAGUUCAUCCUGUGUUCCAAAGCUUUGCUGUCAUUGCUAUGGUUGAUGGUUUUUUGAAUUUAUUGCCUUUUUAACUUUUUCCAUCCCAUCCCUUGACCAAACUUUUUGCUUCUUAAGUCAUCAGUAAGGCUAGUUUUGUCAUUGUUCCACUUUACUCCAGUUUCCAAAUUUGGAAAAAAAUAUAAUAUUUCCAGCACAAUUAUAUUAUAUGUUUGAGUAUACGUGACUAAAUAUAUAGUAUGUUCGAAAAAAAUAAUGUAAUAAUGUACCCAGUUAUAACUUGGUGUAUUAUCACAGAAAUAUUUGCUAACUAUAUUCAUUUGCUCUAAAUAAUAUUUCAAAAAUGUGUUCAUUUUAAGCAAACUCUGUGGUGUAAAACCCAAAAUUUCAUCAAAUUUAUUCAUGUUCUUCCUCAGUAAGCAAUUGUAUGUUGCAUGCACACUUUUUAAUUGAUAUUUUUUUUUGUGUUACAGAUAUUUUCUGAAAAUUCACUGCUACCAUCUAAAAAAGCCUGCUUUCAUUUAUACUAUCCAAACAGUAAUAAACUCUUCUGUGUAGACCUAACAGUUCCAGCUUCCUAUCUUUGUCUGCCAGGAACAUACAAAUUACACUGUAAAUUCAGCAUACAAGUAUAAUAAUUUUAGAACAUCAAGCAAAAUGAUUAUUUAAACGGCAGGUCAGGCCGUACACUGUUAGCUAAGGAAAAAGUUGUCCUAAUUAGCUUAUACAAUAGUGCAUGAUUUUAGUUAACAAAAUACUAACUUUAUUAAGCUUAGUUAAAGAUUUUAUUGUUUACAAAAAUAUAUAAAUAAAGAUCAGAAUUUGGUAUCCAACCAUUUUGCCUAAAAUUUUAGAUAAACUCACUAAAAAAUUUUCCACAUUAUUUACAAAAUUAUAUUACUUAAGUGCUAAAUUUUUACCACCAUAAUAAUUAUGGUAGGUAAAUUCCCUACCCUUUCAGAAAUAGCAACAAAAAAUUUGUAACAUUGUUUCUUCCAUCUUAAAUGAAAUAUCUGGACCAAAAUUAUGAAUUCUUAUUCUUGGUUACAAAUAAGUUUUCUUCCAAGGCCCACAGUUGGCUCAGUUUACGAUUCUAUUAUUUCCACUUUGUUUUAUUUAAGUCAUCAGAGCAAUGCCAAAACUAGCACUAUAUUAAUUUUGUCAUAUUUCCAUAAAACAAUGUGUUUUACGUCAUGUUUGUGCAUGUCAUUGUUAUUAUAUAAUUUAUGAGUAUUUUUAAUUGUAAUUGUGUUAUUUUAUCCCCUAAUCGGACUUAGACUUGUAAAGUGAAAAUCUUUCUUAACCAUGUAUCUGAUGAAUUUCAUAAUAGCAGUAGCAACCAUGGCAACUGUUAGUUUUCUUAUAAUGAAGAAGUGCUAGCUUUGAGGUUUCUAAAAAGGAGUAAAAAGAAAUAGAAGUAAACAUGCCAUUUAAUGUUCA